AUUGAGCCACACAACUCGAGAGGCGCAGUUGGAGUUGCUAGAAUGUUGUUUUGAGUUGCCGUUGAAAAUCAUGGAUUCUGAAACUCAGGGAAGCAAGUUAUCGCCUGACGUCAAGCCUUUUAUACCUAAAGGGACUGCCAAGGGGAUAUCUUUUCACUCUCAGGAUCAAAACAAUAAGGAAGAAAACCGAAGAGAUGAAUCUUUCCGGAAUUUCUCUUCCACUUUUGAGAAGCAUUCUUCUGAAAUUCUGACAAGAGCACUAAGUAACAGACUUUCAGAGCCUUCACUUCAAAAUGAAGGUGCUAACCCAAGAAAAUAUGAAAAUGUGAGCACUGAGGUUAAGGUUGCAAAGGAAAAGAAGCCAAUGUCUUUGCCAGCUCAGACAUCUCAAUUAAAAUACGAGUCUCGCAUUCAGUGGAAAAAAUCAAAUAUGAGGCCAGCCAGUGCAAAUCUGGGUAGCAGAAGGUGGAAGAAUACCAUGGAGAAUGUGCCAAGACAAAAGGAUCAACCUAAACAUGCAGACACAUUUGAAGUUUCCCUUAAAGAUUUUCCUGAACUGAACACCACACAUUCUCAAAGCCCUUUUAAAUCUCUUCGUCAGAAUCCUAAACAAGCAUGGGUUACAGCUUCACUGGUUACUUCUACCGAUGAAUACUGUGUAACAGAACCAUCAUCUUUAGUGUCUUCUACGGGGAAUUUUGUAAGUGAAAAGAAGCCUAAAUCAUUUGCACCUACUUGUGAACCAGAAUGUGGAGUAUUAAUUAAUAAGUCAACUCCUGAAGUUCAGGUUUCUCAGAAAAUAUUUCCAGAUUCUGUUUCGGUGUUGUCUUGGGCCAGCAUUGCUUCUUUGCCUCCAAAGGUGAUAGUUAAAAAAGAAUCUACUGCUGCAAUUUCUGAAAAAACUCAGAAACAAAACGUUAGAACUGAAGGAGAUAUUGGAAAUAUUGCUAAGAAAAAAAACAGGAAGAAGAAGAAAAAAACAAGGGAAUCAGACAUUUCUGAAGCAUUUGAAGAAAAAAGAGUUUUAGUGUUGGACCCACCAAAAUUUGAGGAUGAGGAGGAGUUCCCUGAUCUAUCUACUGCAGCAGGCAAUGAGAGCAAAGCAUCCAAGCAUCAUUUUUCCUACAGUAAUAUGGCAAAGGGGCAGAAAGAGAAAGCAGAGAAAACUAGUGGCAAGAAGAGCAAGGUGCCUGUGCAGCUUGACCUAGGCAAUGUGCUGGCAGUCUUGGAGCAAAAGCAGCAAGCACAGAAAUCAAAGUUAGAUGCCAAACCUGUUGUACUUUCAGUUGGAGGUGCUCUUCCAGUUAUGCCUAAAGGACCUUCCAUACCGAAGAAACAUCCACGCCAGGUCGAGCAGUUACCUCAUAAUCCCUUAGAUUCUACCAGUCCAUUGGUCAAGAAAGGUAAACAGAGGGAGGUUCCGAAGCCAAAGAAGUCAACACCUAUGAAAAGGGUCAUUUUAAAGGAGAGAGAAGAAAGGAAGCAGCGUCGCUUGUUUGAAGAACAAGGAAUAAUUCUUCCUACUGAAGAUGAAAAUGGUGUUUCUAAGGAUGUCUGUUUUGAUUUACCUCACGAAGAAGAAACAACUGAAACAUGUCUUACAGAACAGUGCGAGACCAAAGAAUCUUCUGCACCAGACAGCCUCACUGCUUCUAGUCAUCCUAAAAUUCAUAGCAGAAGAUUCAGAGAGUACUGUAGCCAAGUCCUCAGUAAAGAUGUUGAUGAAUGUGUAAUAAAUCUCUUGAAAGAGCUAGUUCGAUUUCAAGAUCGUCUCUAUCAAAAAGACCCAAUGAAAGCCAAGAUCAAAAGAAGACUUGUUAUGGGUCUUCGUGAAGUACUCAAACAUCUGAAACUAAAAAAAGUGAAGUGUGUAAUUAUCUCUCCAAACUGUGAAAAAAUACAGUCCAAAGGUGGGCUAGAUGAAGCACUGCAGACUAUUAUCAGCACUUGCAUUGAGCAGAGUGUCCCAUUUGUAUUUGCUCUGAACCGUAAAGCUCUUGGCCACUGUGUAAAUAAAGCCGUUCCUGUGAGUGUAGUGGGCAUUUUCAGUUAUGAUGGAGCUCAGGACUAUUUUCAUAAAAUGAUUGAUCUGUCAACUAAAGCCCGACAAGAUUAUGAAGAAAUGAUUUCCAGUUUACAGAAAUGUGAAGAUGAAGGACUUGAAGCUGAAGAAAAUGACCAAAAUCAGUCUGUUCUGGAGGAGAGAAGUCCAGCUCCUCUUUCAGAUUUGGAUGAACCAGAAUACAUUAAACUAUGGAGGAGAAUGCUUGAAAAUGAAAAGAACUACGAGACCUUUAAUUUUGAAGAAUACCUUGCUGCAAGGACGCUAAAUUUGAAUUUAACACAGUCAGAGGACAUUGUUGAUAGCUGACAUUUGACUACAUCCUUAAAAGUUAUGUGGUUUAUUUUUGUAACUUUACUUUUAGUUAACUGUUUGUCUUGUAUUUCAGUAUGUAAAAGAAAAACAACUCGACAGUGCAGGCUGAGGCUGAUGAGAUCUCUAGCAGCAUUACAACAUGUUUUUUUUUUUGCAUCUCAUGUUAAAGGACUUCAGUUAGGUUUUGUAAAUAUUAGGUUCCAUUUUGGGGAAUUAUGCCCUAGGUACAAGGCAUUCAGAAGCGCUAAGACUGUUCUGACUAUAAUUUUCAUUGUAAAGAUUUAAAUCAUUAUGUUUUGAAUGAAAAAUGAAAACUACUGAGUAAACAGUAAACAUUCUGUUUGUGUGUUUGCUUUGAAAGUCUCUUAUGUUUUAUUUUAGUUCAAUAUCUUGCUGUGUGUUUUUACUGUUUUUUUUAUUAUGGAAGGGUCCUAGGACGACUCUUAUUCUCACUUUGACUCGUUGGCACGUAGACCUGAAUGGAGAAUCCCAAAUCCCCACUUUAGUCUUUCUAAGUUUAUACUCUCCUGCAUGUCCACUUAUGGAUGCCAUUAGAUUUGACUGCACCCUUUCUGUAACUGCAGGCAACAGGACAGAGCACCAGGCAAGCAGUAUCUUUACAGAUAGGACUUCCGGGCACAACCCAGACUCUGAUGUCACUUCCUGCUAUGGUUCCAAAGACCCGCCUCUUUCUUCCUUCCAGCUAUAAAAUCCUCCAACUUUCCAGGCUCAACAGACCCAUUUUGGGCUCAGUCUUUAGAGUGUUUGUUAAGACAAAAAAAAACCACAACUGAAAAUGCAGACCUCUCCUGGUCGAGGACCUGAAAAAGUUCCCUGACGUCUGAACCAACUUUUGUACGUCCCGAAAACGAUGACUUCUUCCAUGUAAGCGCCUCGAGAGAAAACUUCAUCCACAGUAGACAUUUUAUAUUUACAGACAGCUGAAUCUGUGCUGUAAUCCCUGGAAAAAAAAAAAAAA